AUGGCUUCAGCUCCAUCGGUCGAUCCACUCCUCUUGGAGGAAAACCCAAAUGGGGAUGAAAACGAUGAAAACAAUGCCGAACAAGAAACAGAUCCGAAGGAAAAGCGCAAGAGGGCUCCCAACUACCAAGAGCAUGAAGACAUCCAGCUGUGUUGCUUCGCUUGCUAUCACACCUCCAUACCGCAACCUCGUCGACCGAUCAGCAGUCUCAAGGGUCACUGGGGAUUAAUCAGUGCAGCUGUGAACAAGUUCAUCGGCUGUGUCUGCCACAUUGAUCAAUUGAAUCCUAGCAGGGCAUCAUCCAAAGAUUGCUUGAAUAAGUCUCUUGAACUCUACACCAAACUUCAAAACAAGCCGUUUACCUAUCUUCGCUGCUACAAUAUCCUCAGUCCCUGUCCUAAAUACAACGAAUACUUCCGUGACCACGCCGCGAGGACAUCAGAAGCAUCAAAGAAGAAGAAAAAAAGACAAAGAAGCCCAAGCAGCAAAGCCCCAGCGUUGAAUUCUGAGACAAACAACGCCUCCGAUGCUGAAAGUACACCAAUGGGAACACCUGCUCCAACUCCUGAUCAAUCGGAGCCCGAACGACCGACCGGAAAGAAAAAGGCGAAAACUGCGAUUCGAGAGAGAAUUGGCAAAGAGAACUUGUUGAAGGAAAUGGCCUCAGCUCAAGUUGAAAUGGCGAAUCAGUCAAAUCACCAAAACAAUAUCUACUUCACUCAGACUCACACAAUGGAGGUCAUGGCCGACACAGCAAUCAUGAACAAAGACCUCAGUGGCCUUGACGAGGUGACACAGGAGUUCUACAGACUUCAGCGUCAAACAAUCAUGAACAAGCUCAGAGAACAACAUCGAUCUCAAGCAACUAAUUCAGCUCCAACACAAACCAGCGGGACCAGUCAAGCAAGCACCCAAGCGACCACUUCAGAUCAGCCAUCUAGAGACUAG